AAUGAAGAAGAAAAUGUCGAAGAAAUUUAUUAAUAGAUUUUUUAUUGGUUUGUAAAACAAGGCAUUUGAGCAUGAAAUUUUGUGAAUGAGCUUUUCUAAGUUUUCAUGAAGUUUCGGGAAAACUGUCAAUUUUACGCGAGCAACGUAGAAUGUUAUCGAGAAUAUUCUACAGUCAGAAAAUCUAAAAUUAUUCAUGUGCCACCCGACCUUAUAAAAGUGGCCAGCAAGACAGCAGAUGGAAGAAAUUAAUUGAAUCUUGAAAUAUAGGCGUGACAUAAUAAUAUUUUUAUUAUAUACUUUAUUUAAAUUUUAAUUAAAAUUUUAUUUGGAAGUUUGAAUUAUUACAAAAUUGAAAUAAUGACUGUUGAAGGCGAAAUAGAAGCUGUUAACUACAAAGAUGAGGGCAAUAACGCUUUCAAAUCUGAAAGAUGGGAGGAGGCUGUUUCAUGUUAUACAAAUGCUAUAGCAGCUGGUGAAAAGCAUAAGGAGUUACCCAUUUUUUAUAAAAAUCGAGCUGCAGCUUACUUAAAACUAGAGAAAUAUAAAGAUGCUCUCAAUGAUUGCACCGAGUCUUUACGUAUUUCACCAAAAGAUCCAAAAGCUUUAUUUCGACGUGCGCAGGCCUAUGAAGCCUUGCAGAAAUUUGAGGAAGCUUACAAAGACGCUACUGAUUUGUUUAAAGAAGAUCCUACUAAUAAAUCAGUACAACCGAUGUUGCAACGCUUACAUCAAAUAGUGCAGGAGCGCGUGGCACAAAAUGCAAAAACUUCAACUAAGGUCAAUCAAAUGAUGGAUAUCACUUUUGACAUGGGAACUCCUUCAGAUAAACGUCGUUCGGGUGCCAAUAAUUUAUUAGUUUUAGCUAAAGAAGAGGUCGGCGCACACUUGCUUUUUAAUGCUGGAUGUAUUACGAAAAUUUCUACAAUUACCAAAAUAGAAAAGGAUCCUGAAAUAUACUGCAAUCUCAUUCGCGUCGUUGGUGAAUUAUGUGGAGGAUCCGUGGAUCGCACAAAGGCAGUAUUGAGAGAAUUGGGUGUACCAUGGUUCCUACAUGUCUUAGACCACAGGCACGAAGAACGUGUUACGGCAGCCCAAUACUGUUUACAAGCCAUUAUUAAUUCAUUGUCGGGCAUGGAAAACAAGCCAGAAAGCAAGCCAAAAAAAGAACUUUGUGAGCAGAAUAAAAAAGAAAUUGAUACACUCCUUACUUGCUUGGUUUACACCAUAACUGAUCGGACUAUUUCCGGGCCAGCACGUGAUGCUAUCAUCGAGUUAUUGACGCGGAAUAUUCACUAUACAGCCUUAGAAUGGGCGGAGAGGUUAGUUGAAAUUCGUGGUUUACAUCGACUAUUAGAUGUAUGCUCCGAGUUAGAGGAAUACAAAUACGAGAGUGCCAUGGAGAUAACACCUUCCUCGCGUACAAUUGCUUCGGUGUGCAUGGCUCGAAUUUUCGAGAACAUGUACUAUGAUGAAGCAAGAAAGCGUUAUUCAGAUCAGAUUGAUGAGUAUGUUAAAGAUAAACUCUUAGAUCCUGAUAUGGAAUCAAAAAUUCGGGUAACAGUUGCUAUAACUUCUUUGUUGUCUGGUCCAUUAGACGUGGGAAAUCAAAUUAUAGCAAGAGAAGGCAUUUUACAAAUGAUUUUGGCCAUGGCCACAACUGAUGAUGAGUUGCAACAACGAGUUGCUUGCGAAUGUAUAGUAGCUGCAGCUUCUAAAAAAGACAAAGCGAAAGCAUUGUGCGCUCAAGGUGUAGAUAUAUUGAAAAACCUGUAUAAAUGUAAAAACGACAAUAUACGUGUGCGUGCGUUGGUUGGUCUAUGCAAACUUGGCAGUUACGGGGGCCAAGAUGCUGCCAUACGACCGUUUGCUGAUGGAGCUACAAGUAAAUUAGCCGAAGCGUGUCGUCGUUUCUUAAUCAAACCUGGUAAGGAUCGUGAUAUUCGCCGUUGGGCGGCUGAUGGGCUGGCCUACCUUACUCUCGAUGCUGAGGUAAAAGAGAAACUGAUAGAGGACAAACCGGCGAUUCAUGCUCUCAUUGAUUUGGCACGAUCCGGCGACCAGUCCUGUCUUUAUGGAGUCGUCACCACAUUUGUUAAUCUCGUUAAUGCCUACGAGAAGCAAGAGAUGUUGGAAGAGAUGAUAGAACUAGCGAAAUUCGCCAAGCAUCAUAUACCAGAAGAACAUGAAUUGGAUGAUACGGACUUUGUGAAUAAACGAAUUACUAUGCUUGCUAAUGAAGGUAUAACAGGAGCAUUGUGUGCACUUGCUAAAACUGAAAGUCACAACUCCCAGGAACUUAUUGCCCGGGUACUAAACGCUGUAUGUGGUUUACAAGAGCUACGCGGUAAGGUUGUGCAGGAUGGUGGAGUCAAAGCAUUGUUACGAAUGGCAUUAGAGGGUACAGAAAAAGGAAAACGUCAAGCUUCACAAGCGUUAGCGCGCAUCGGUAUUACAAUCAAUCCUGAGGUAGCAUUUGCUGGGCAGCGUAGUUUGGAUGUUAUAAGACCACUGUUGAAUUUACUGGCUCAAGAUUGUACCGCAUUGGAGAACUUUGAAUCACUUAUGGCCCUAACAAAUUUGGCAGCGAUGAAUGAGAGUGUAAGGCAACGUAUAGUGAAGGAACAGGGCGUUUCGAAAAUCGAAAUUUACCUAAUGGAAGAUCACUUAUACCUAACGCGGGCAGCGGCACAAUGCAUCUGCAAUAUGGUUAUGUCAGAUGAGGUUGUGAAAAUGUUCGAAAAACCUAAUGAUCGUGUCAAGUUUCUUGCAUUGCUAUGUGAAGAGGAAGAUGAGGAUACUGCAAAAGCUUGUGCUGGGGCGCUAGCUAUGUUAACGUCAAUUUCCAAAAUAUGUUGCGUAAAAAUAUUAGAAAUUAGUUCUUGGCUACAGGUUUUGCAUACGUUAAUUGCCAAUCCAAGUCCCGAUGUCCAACAUCGUGGCGUGGUAGUUGUAUUAAAUAUGAUCAAUGCAGGCGAGGAUAUUGCCAAGAAGCUUUUCGAAACAGAUAUUAUGGAACUUCUUAGCGGUUUGUCACAGUUGCCAGAUGACACGCGUAAUAAAGCUCGAGAAAUCGCACAACAGUGUUUAACUGCAGCAGAGCGCUACAAUCUUAUUGAAAAGUCGGUCGAUGCUAUGGUGCCGGAUGUCUUCCAAGAGGCGGCGCGAAUUGAAGAAAUAGACGAGCAAUAAUCUGGUUCUUACGUGUUAUGGAGAGAUUACAAUAAGUGCCAAAAGAAUUGGAUAUUUUUAAGCUUUUACAAUUUACCCGUUGCUCUUUUAGUUUUGUAGUAUGUAGUACUAGUAUGCAAUCACUCAUUCAUUUUAUGAUUCACAAAAAUUUAUUCAUUAAAAAUUUGUAUGAAAUUACAGAAAAUGUUCAGAUUUAUUCUUGAAAUUUGCAAGGAGCAAAUAAUAUUGCUUUGAAAAAUUAUAUAUUAAUUUGCACAUACAAUGUACAUACAUAGGUGCAUAUAUUACAAUACAAAUACAUCUUUUCAUAUACACAUUUACACUUAUUUCUUUAAUAUUUGUUUCUGUUUCCCAACGAUAUUUUGUAAAACUGCUUGGCGAUUGGCAAGAAUAAAAGUAUUGAAAAUUGCCUAAUUUGCGUUAACUUCAGUUGCACUCAAGUUGUAAUACCCUCUACAAAUAAAAAAAAUCUAUACAAGUACUUGAUGGUGACCGGUCAGCUACUAUAUGUAUGCUAUAGACUCCCUAUCGUGUGACUCCUUCAAUCUAUUGCUCUAGAAAAUAAUACGAGGUGCAGAGCUAAAUAGAGAAGGUACAAUAUUCUAUAAGAGUACAGCUGCUUGCGUACGCCGAUGAUAUUGAUAUCAUUAGCCUCAACAACCUCGCCGUUAGUUCUGCUUUCUCCGAACUGGAUAAGUAAGCGAAUCAUAUGGGUCUGUUUGUGAACGAACAGUCAUCGCAUUCGCGACUUGGUUCAUACGUCACUGUUGACAGUCAUAGUUUUGAAAUCGUAGAUAAUUUCGUCCAUCUUGUAACCAGUAUCAAUACCAACAACAUUAUCAGCCUUGAAAUCCAACGCUGACUCACGACUACUUGGACUAAGUAGGCAAUUGAAAAGCAAAGUUUUCUCUCGACGAACAAAGGCUAAACUCUACAAGUCCCUCAUCAUUCGCGUUUUACUAUAUGGUGCGGAGGGUCUUCGACGUUUCCUUCUAGGAGUUGGAAACUCCGUCUCUCUCUGUUCAGGCUAUAUUGAAAAGGUACAAAUUGAUUCUUUACUAAUAUAAUAUAAAAGAGUAUGAACAACUGAGGAAUUAAAUUUGUAUAUUGUACAAUUAUAUGUAUUCUGGUACAUAUGUACUUGUAUAUCAACACAAAAACUACAUUCAAAUAACUAUUUUGGCUUACAAAGAUGUUUAAUGUUGUAGUUAAUGUAUGUGAAAUGGACCCAUUACGCAAACCAUCGGCGAAUUCACCUGUUGCAUGAUUUACCUAAGUUUUUAUUUUUUGUUGUUGUAGCGGGUAGAGUAGAUUUACUUUUUUCAAUAGCCUUUUUUGACAGAUCACGCGUGAGUCGUGCAAAGCUGCCUCGUAAUUUUUGUUUCGUAUUGUUUGGCAUUUCAUUUAACUUUAUUACGAAAAUUCACGUUCUAUAAGGAAUGUGUUUCGCGCGCUUCGCUCAACUUAUUGUCGACGUAAUCAGCCUACUGAGCUUCUAUUCGCCACACCCUCACCCAUUAGAUCACGUCCAGCACACAGAGAAGUAAAUACGGCAGACGUAGCUGAAAGUGUACACCAAGACCGUUUAGAGUCGAUUCGGCGAUGUUUGCAGCAACUCGGACUGAUGUUCGGAAUGACUUGGCUUGUUUUACGUAAAGAUCUUAAACUGAAAGCACAUAAAGCUUGUACAAGAACUGAAGCCGCUCGACCUUCCCAAGCGACAUCGUUUCGCUCUACGGACUAUUGAAAAGUUUCAAGAAGAUCCGACGUUUACGAGCUAAAUUUCGUUCAGUGAUGAGGCCUAUUUUUGGCUCAAUGGAUAUGUAAACAAUCAAAAUUGUCGCAUUUGAACGAAGAGCAAACUGAAGAGAUUCAAUAAUUGCCAUUUCAUCCAGAAAAAACAGCGGUUUGGUGUGAUUUGUGGGCCGGUGGAAUCACCAGUUUCUUCAAACAACAGACCAACAUCAAACCUUAGGACAUUUUAGCUAAUAUCAAAUCCUUUUCAAUAUUUUGAAAGGAAAAUUUAAAUGGAUAGAUGACCUACAACAUCAUGCAAACAAUUAAUUAUGGCCGACAAGCUUAGUUGAUGAACGAUUAGUAAAGUGAAAAGUGUUUUUAGUGGAAACAAACAAAUUAGUUGAUCACAAGUGAGCAGACUUACAAACCAAGUAUGUUCACGUAACCGGCAGGAAAUUCAUCACCAUGCUUGAAAGAAAAUAUACUCAAUAUUUUCUCUAUAUGAGAAUGUUUUCAAUUAUUCCAUAUUACUCCUCUAAUCGUCUACAUUGAAUAUCUGUAUUAAGUGCACUUAACUGAAGCCCUGCACCAUGGUGACUUUGAAACUAUCGCAAAUAAAGCUAUUAAGAUUCUACAAACCA